AUGCUACGACAAGGAUACCUCAAAGAGUUGUUGAGCGACCGAGGAAGGACCAACUUCGCCAAAGGACGCGAACAACAUCAAGGACCACCAAAACCGCCCUCACCAACUCGCACUGUCCACAUGAUCGUCGGCGGCAUCGACGAUGCUUCUAUAAAUAGCGUGAAGUUCACCACAACCCACAAGCUCAAACGGUCGAUCACUCACGAAUGGUAUGACAAGCUCGAACAGAGUAUCAUCUUCGAUAAGUUAGAUACCGACGGUUUGGUGUUCCCUCACUAUGAUGCCCUUAUUAUCACUUUAGGAAUUCUAGAUGCCGAUGUGAGACGCAUUAUGGUAGACGAUGAGUGCAGCGAGUGCAUUAUCCACCCUCGAGUACUUGCACAAAUGAAACUCGGGGAUAAGAUAGUGCCAUGUUGCAUCACACUAACGGGUUUUAGCAAUGCAGUUGAGUGGACAUCCGGAGAAAUCAUACUCCCCGUCCUGACUAGCGGCGUCACUUUGGAAACCAUAUUCUAUAUCAUGGACUAG